CUACUUUGGCGGAGAUUGACCCUCCAUUAUAGAUAACGUAUCCUGUAGCCCCAGUCAUGGCCCACUGCAAAACAACGAUACCGGGACCGCACCCUGCCCGCCACCCUCAUACACACUCAUGCGGAGGCAUGAGGGGAUCAAUGGUUAGUGUAUGCGAGAUAGAUGAUGAAAGACGGAGGAAUUGAUGGUAUCGGGAUGUGUACCCGAAACCCGGUACAUCUAGAAUUUGCCCAGCAAACAGAGCAAAACAGUACAAAAUGGGUGCCCCUCACGGCGCCCCUCUUCUUCCCCCCUCGUGCUCCCCUCAUCGGCCAACUCCACCGUCUUUGCCGACCCGACCACUCUGCUGCCAAUUUAUUGCUGGCUCAACCUCGAGCUUCAUUCUUCCUCUUCUUUCAUCCUUUUCUUCCCUUUUAUCAUCCCUUUUCUUCCCUUGAUUCCCUCUUCCGGUUCCUUCCGGUUCAGUGAUUGCCACUAUCUUUGCCUGAUUCAUCAUGGCCAGCACUGUCGGACAGACCAUCACCUGCAAGGCUGCGGUUGCCUGGGGCGCCGGAGAGCCUCUCUCCGUUGAGGACGUCGAAGUUGCUCCUCCCAAGGCCCACGAGGUCCGCAUUCAGGUCCUUCACACUGGUGUCUGCCACACAGAUGCCUACACUCUCUCCGGAAAGGACCCCGAAGGUGCUUUCCCCGUUGUUCUGGGACACGAGGGUGCCGGUAUCGUCGAGUCCGUCGGCGAGGGCGUCACCUCCGUGAAGCCCGGUGACUAUGUCGUUGCUCUCUACACCCCCGAAUGCCGUGAGUGCAAGUUCUGCAAGUCCGGCAAGACCAACCUCUGCGGUAAGAUUCGUGCCACUCAGGGCAAGGGUGUGAUGCCCGACGGCACCUCCCGUUUCAAGGCCCGCGGCAAGGACCUGCUGCACUUCAUGGGUACCUCCACCUUCUCCCAGUACACCGUCGUGGCCGACAUCUCCGUUGUCGCUGUGACCCCCAAGAUCCCCACGGACCGGUCCUGCCUGCUUGGCUGCGGUAUCACCACCGGUUACGGUGCGGCCGUCGUCACCGCCAAGGUGGAGGAGGGCUCCAACAUUGCCGUCUUCGGUGCCGGCUGUGUCGGUCUCUCAGUCAUCCAGGGUGCUGUGAAGAACAAGGCUGGCCGCAUCAUCGUGGUCGAUGUCAACGACGGCAAGGAGGCGUGGGCCCGUAAGUUCGGCGCCACGGACUUUGUCAACCCCACCAAGCUCGGUGGCAAGACCAUCCAGGAGCAGCUGAUUGAGAUGACGGACGGUGGUUGCGACUACACUUUCGACUGCACUGGUAACGUUGGUGUGAUGCGGGCUGCCCUGGAGGCGUGCCACAAGGGAUGGGGUGAGAGUAUUAUCAUCGGUGUUGCUGCUGCUGGCCAGGAGAUUUCCACUCGCCCAUUCCAGCUGGUCACUGGCCGUGUGUGGAAGGGUUGCGCCUUUGGCGGUAUCAAGGGCCGUACGCAGCUGCCGGGAUUGGUUGAUGACUACCUGAACGGACAGCUGAAGGUUGAUGAGUUCAUUACGCACCGCGAGAAGCUGUCGGACAUCAACAAGGCGUUUGAGCAGAUGAAGGCGGGCGACUGCGUUCGCUGCGUUGUUGACCUGUCAUAAACCUGCCAUAAUGUACACUGAUGAAUAAAUUGAAUGAAUAAAAUUACGAGUUAGCUGUUAGAAACGAUGUCUAUAUAUAUGUGUAGUUGUCUCCAAGGUCCUCAGCAACUGUAAAGUCGUAGGACCUUGUGGUUUACAUAACUAUGUCUGCAGCAAGUUCACCAAGUAGUACUCGGGAAGAAGACUACACUGGUCAUAACCCCUCACCUCAACUACCAGCCACCUAGUCUAACCCAACUACUGUACUUAAAUACUUCUGGUAGUAGUAUCAACAGAUCCACUAACUGAUAGUAUCCCCCUAUCUAAUCAGCAAUGCUAUCCCUAUCACGAUAUCGGACCACCAUCCGCUAGUCAACACCUAC